AACAUGGCGUCCCGAAGGCUGUGAGAUGAGCAAGAGGAUGGUAAAGAACGCUUGAGAACGAUCCUACCGAUGUAAUAAGCUUCAGGUGGUGCUCGUGUAGGAAGAGAGAGAGAAGGAAAGACGGAAGGAGGAAAUGGAACUGCCAAAUCAUGCCAAACAACUGCUGCUGCAACUCAACCAGCAGAGAGCCAAGGGCUUCCUGUGUGAUGUUAUCAUCGUGGUGGAGAAUGCGCUCUUCCGUGCUCACAAGAACAUCCUGGCGGCAAGCAGCAUCUACUUUAAAUCUUUGGUCCUCCACGAUAACCUCAUUAACCUCGACACAGAGAUGGUUAACCCCUCUGUAUUCAGACAAGUUCUGGACUUCAUCUACACUGGGAAGCUCCUGUCUUCGUCAGACCAGAGCAGUGAGCAGAAUUUCAGUGCCCUCUUAACCGCAGCCAGCUACCUCCAGCUCCAUGACCUCGCUGCUCUGUGCAGAAAGAAGCUCAAGCGCAAUGGUGGGAAACCCCUGCCAGGUAAACCCUCCACUCCAGGUCCCCUUAGCCGCUUACGCCUCAACAACCAGCGCCUUUCCUCUUCUACCCCUGCUGGCCCCAACAACCACUAUCCUCCGACCCCUUCCGACGCCGACCAACCACAGCCAGAUGAAGGCCUUCGGGACAAGCUCUCAGACGAUGAGAUGUUUGUCGGCAGCUCUGGGAAAAACGGGAACGGGGGGAAUGGCAGCAGUAACGGUAACCUCAGUAGUGGAGGAAGUGCUGGGGAGCCAGACCUUGGACUAGAUCUUUCCAAGAAGAGUCCUCCCUCUGCGGGCACAGCCACUGAUGCCCUCAGCCCGCACAGCAACUCCCAAGAAUCCCCUCAAUCUGCCUCAGUAUCCACAACCAACAGUGCCUCACUGGACGACUCUUCUACUACCCUACCAGGUGGAGACACCUGCGCCUCAGAGACCAUGGAGCUCAACUCCUCCUCCAAAACCUCAGAGGAAACUCAAAACCAGCCCGAUGGCCCUCCACCCCAGAAAAAAUCCCGGCAGGGUGCUCGCAAGAACGAAUGGCCUAAGAGGGAGGCCUCAGGGUUGAAGUCUGAAGAUCAUGACAGGCCCCUGGUUAACGGGGUGAUUGUGGGUCCUAAAGAUGGCCGCUCCUCUGGGGUAGGAGGGGGCAGUGGUAGCAGCUUUACAUCUGACCAGUCCUUCCAGUGUAAAGAUGAGGAGGAAGGAGGCGAGAAUGGCCAGGACCACAGCGAGGAGAGUGGUCAGAGCGAUGGGGAGAGUGCAGGAGGCGGAGGAGGAGGAACCGGAGGGGGACACCACAGCGCCAACUACGUGUACCGGCAGGAAGGUUUCGAGCCAGCAUUCGGAGACAACCUCUAUGUGUGCAUUCCCUGUGGUAAGGGCUUUCCCAGUUCUGAGCAGCUCAACGCUCACGUGGAGACACACACUGAGGAUGAGCUCUACAUCAAAGAGGAGGGAGGGACUUUUGUGAAAGAAGAAGAUGAAGAGGAGGCCGAGGACCUCUCUGCCCCCGUAGGUCCCUCCACUUUUGGCUCUGAAACGCGUCCGUUCAAGUGUACAGUCUGCAGUAAGAGCUACAAAGACCCGGCAACGCUGAGACAACAUGAAAAGAGCCACUGGCUGACCAGGCCCUUCCCCUGCAACAUCUGUGGCAAAAUGUUCACCCAGAGGGGAACCAUGACACGCCACAUGCGCAGCCACCUCGGCCUCAAGCCAUUUGCAUGUGAAGAGUGUGGCAUGCGCUUCACACGCCAGUACCGUCUGACAGAGCACAUGCGUGUCCACUCUGGAGAGAAGCCGUACGAAUGCCAGCUAUGUGGGGGGAAGUUUACCCAGCAGCGCAACCUCAUCAGUCACCUGAGAAUGCACACCUCACCCUCUUAGAAAUGCAUCAAGCCAAAGAACUCUGGGAAUAGAAAAACAAACAAAAAAGAAACAUUUCUCUACCUUUUUUUCCAUCUCAAAAGCAAAGAAAUGCACA